AUGAGGCGCCUCAAAAAUAGACUUCGGUGUUCAGGGAAGCGCCUGCAGCAGAGGAGGCGACCACCCUGUUGGCCCAAAGCUCAUCCGCUCCAAGGGAAAGUGAGUGAGGGGCAGAGAAUUGAGAUCAUGGGGUUUGAAGUGGCAAACGUGAUCGUCAGGGCAAUCAACCUGCGCCAGUCGCUGCUAGAGCGGGAUAUAGAGGACCUUCGGGCGGAGGUGCUGGCAUCGGAGGGCAUAAGGAUGCUGCGGGCUAUAGAGGACUUGCGGGCGGAGUUGCUGGCAUCGGAGGGCAUAAGGAUGCUGGUGUCAGACGACUUCUACCACGUGUGGUGCAUCGCUGCCGAGGACAAGCGGUGCGUGGGAGAGGGUGGGACGGGUGGUAGGGCCGGGCGGAUGGUAGGGCCGGUCGGUGCGUGGCACACGGGUGGUUUGGCUGGGAUGGGUGGUAGGGCCGGUGAGGGCGAGUUGAGAGCAGUGGCGAGGGAUGUGGCACGGCUGGGCAAGCAAUGUCUGGACCCGGCAUUGCAUUCGCUCACACAGGCCUUCGACGCUCUCGGCACCAUGGAUGGACCCAAGGGCCGAAUGACAUCAGUGGAGGUGGAGGGGGAGCUGCGAGCUUUGGAAGGGCAGGCGCAGAUCACAGCGGUGAGUGGUGUGGAGUCUCCAGCGGCUUGCAUAGCAUCAAAGGUUGAGGCUGAGGGAGAAGUGGAGGGGGGGGAGGUGGAGGGGGGAGCUGCGGGCGCUGGAGGGGCAGGCGCAGAUCACAGCGGUGAGUGGGUGGGUUCUGUGUUGACUCUUGGGGGCCAUGGGUUGCAAUGCAACUUGCAUCGCAGCAGAGGGGGAGGGGGAGCUGCGGCGCUGGAGGGGCAGGCGCAGAUCACAACG